AUGAAGGAAGAGAAAUACUUGAUAAGAGCUUCCGAGUUGGUGGAGCAAGUGAAGAUUCUUUUAUUAAUGGAGGAACAAAUAUUGGAGCUGCCUAUUCCGAAUUUGGAGUUGAUCGAUAAUUUGCAUCGGCUCGGUAUAUCGUAUCAUUUUGAGGACGAAAUCAACCGAUUCUUGAAUUCUUUAUAUCAACAUCAACUAUUUAAUGGCGAUUACUCGGUGUCACUUGGAUUUCGACUCCUCAGACAACACGGUUUUCGCGUCUCCCAAGAUGUGUUUGAUUGUUUCAAGAACGAGACGGGUGAUUAUUUUGAGGAAAGUCUUGGAGACAACAAUACUAAAGGAUUGUUGCAACUCUACGAAGCUUCUUUUCUUAUGACACGUGGCGAAAACACAUUGGAGCUAGCUAGAGAAUUCGCCACCAAUUUAUUGCGGAAAAAACUUGACCGAAUUAAUGGCGACGAUGAUGUUCUAUUAUUAACGGCCGUUCGGCAUGCAUUGGAGCUCCCAAUUCAUUGGAGAGUUCAAAGGCCAAAUGCAAGAUGGUUCAUCGAAGAAGCCUAUGCGAAAAGUCGAGACAUGAACCCUAUUGUGCUCGAGCUUGCCAAACUCGACUUCAAUAUUGUUCAAGCAAAGCACCAACAAGAACUCAAACAUGUCUCGAGUUGGUGGGAGAAAACAAGCAUAGCAAAAGUGUUGCCAUUUGCGCGCGAUAGGGUGGUCGAGAAUUACCUAUGGACCACAGGAAUAUUCGAUCCUCAAUACGGAUAUUCGAGAAUCAUGGCCACCAAAGUCAACGCUUUGGUUACGGUGAUCGAUGAUGUAUUCGAUGUCUACGGUACUUUGGAAGAACUGCAGAUCUUUAAUCAUGUUAUUCAAAGAUGGGAUAUUGAAGCAAUGGACAAGCUCCCACACUAUAUGCAAAUAUGUUUUCUAGCUCUCAACAACUUCGUCGACGAAUUGGCUUACGAUGUUCUCAAACAACAAGGGAUUCUCAUCAUUCCGCAUUUGAGAAAAUCAUGGGGAGACUUAUGCAAGGCAUACAUGCAAGAGGCCGAGUGGUACUAUGCAAAGCACACACCAACGAAGGAAGAAUACAUCGAGAAUGCAUGGAUUUCGAUAUCGGCUCCCGCAAUAGUAUCUCAAGCAUAUUUUCUCGUGACGAAUCCGAUAGACAAAGAAGCCGUACGAAGCUUGUACCAAUAUCACAACAUAGUUCGAUGUUCGUCAAUGGUCUUACGUCUUGCUAAUGACCUUGGAACAUCAUCGGAUGAAAUGAGCAGAGGCGAUGUUCCGAAAUUGAUACAAUGUUACAUGAGGGAAACGAGUGCGAAUAUAGAGGAGGCGCGAGAAUAUGUGAUGUCGAUAAUGCGCGAGACUUGGAAAAAGACAAACGAAGAAUUAUUACGAGUUGAUAUUAAUGCAGAUUCACAAUUAUUGCCACAAAAUGUGAUUAAAAUUGCAGCUGAUUUAGGGAGAAUGGCACAAUAUAUGUACCAACAUGGAGAUGGGCAUGGGAUUCAAAAUCUCGAGAUGAAAGACCGUAUUUCGAGUUUGUUGUUCGACCCUUUUCCAAUAUAG